GAAGUAGUUCAGUGUCGACGAUUGAAGGCACUCACGAGACGCCCUGAAUCUGAUGGCUCCUCUUCCAUCCAAGGCGAUCGCCGCGGCGGCUGGGAUGGUACGCGGCCGGCUGAGGAGGGCCGUUCUCACGAGGGGCGGCAGCGGGGAAGGCGGUAGUCGGUGGACGAGCCCCGGGACCGAGGAACGCCCCAAGGGUUACCUCUUCAACCGGCCGCCGCUGCCCCCGGGGGAAUCGAGGAAGUGGGAGGACUGGGAGCUCCCCUGCUACAUCACCUCCUUCCUCACCAUCGUCAUCCUCGGCGUCGGCCUCAACGCGAAGCCCGACCUCACCCUCGAGACUUGGGCCCACCAGAAGGCCCUCGAGCGUCUCCAGCAGCAGGAAGCCGCUGCUGCUGAUGCCGAUUACGAGUGAUGUGACGGAAAUCUGCUGCCCACCCUUUCCUGGUAAAUGCUUCGUCUUGGAUCUCGUCUUUUGUUCCUAAGAAGAGAUGGAACAGUUUGGAGUUCAAGGUUGAAUAAUUUAUAGGGGUUCCCAUAUUUUGAUAUAACUCUCGCAAGUUCUGCAAGAUGCGAAACUUGAAAUUCCUCAAUCUGUACCUUUGGAUGCUAUGCUUUAGCUUUUGUAAUUGCAUAUCAUUUUACCUUUAAUAAUGAAUUUGUACAAUGGUUUCAUCUGAA